UCGGGCGGCGACGCGCUGGGGGCGGGACGGGGCGCGGGCGGCUGGCUGGACCGGUUGGAGUUGAGGGUCCGUCGGGGAGGACGCGGCCGGUGUCCGGGUGCGAGGCUGCCGGACGGCCGGGCAUGGCAGACCAGAUUCCUCUGUACCCUGUGCGCAACGCCGCGGGGGCAGGCGCCCCCAACCUCAGACGCGCGGCCUACUACAGCGCGGCGGGGUCCGGGCCGGGGGCCGACCGGCGCGGCAGGUACCACCUAGAAGAUGAAUCCGCCCACCUGGACGAAAUGCCGCUGAUGAUGUCUGAAGAAGGCUUUGAGAACAACGAAGACGACUACCACACGUUACCGCGGGCUCGGGUAACACGAAGAAAAAGAGGACUGGGGCGGUUUGUCGGUGGUGGAUGGAGGUCCCUCUGUACCAGCUGCUGUGAUUGGCUAAUAAAUAUUUGUCAAAGAAAGAAAGAGCUGAAAGCACGCACAGUGUGGCUUGGAUGUCCUGAAAAGUGUGAAGAGAAACAUGCCAGAAAUUCCAUAAAGAACCAGAAAUACAAUGUGUUCACCUUUAUCCCAGGGGUUUUGUAUGAACAAUUCAAGUUUUUCUUGAAUCUCUAUUUUCUGGUGGUGUCCUGCUCACAGUUCGUACCUGCAUUGAAAAUAGGCUAUCUCUACACCUACUGGGCGCCUCUGGGGUUUGUCUUGGCUGUCACCAUCAUGCGGGAAGCAAUUGAUGAAUUUCGACGUUUUCAGCGAGACAAGGAAGUGAAUUCACAACUGUACAGCAAGCUGACAGUAAGAGGUAAAGUCCAAGUGCAGAGUUCAGACAUUCAAGUUGGAGACCUCAUCAUAGUGGAAAAGAACCAAAGAAUCCCGUCAGAUAUGGUGUUCCUUAGGACUUCAGAAAAAGCAGGUUCGUGCUUUAUCCGAACUGACCAGCUGGACGGCGAGACCGACUGGAAGCUAAAGGUGGCUGUGAGCUGCACGCAGCGGCUCCCAGCGCUGGGGGACCUCUUCUCUAUCAGCGCCUAUGUUCUCGCUCAGAAGCCACAGCUGGACAUCCACAGCUUUGAGGGCACCUUUACCAGGGAAGACUGUGACCCACCUGUUCAUGAAAGCCUCAGCAUAGAAAAUACACUGUGGGCCAGCACUGUGGUUGCCUCAGGUACUGUAAUAGGUGUUGUCAUUUAUACUGGAAAGGAGACUCGAAGUGUAAUGAACACAUCCAAUCCCAAAAAUAAGGUUGGCUUGCUGGACCUUGAACUCAAUCAGCUGACGAAGGCGCUGUUCUUGGCUCUGAUUGCCCUGUCCGUCGUCAUGGUGGCCCUGCAAGGGUUCGUGGGCCCUUGGUACCGCAACCUCUUCCGGUUCCUUCUCCUCUUUUCCUACAUCAUUCCCAUAAGUUUGCGUGUGAACUUGGACAUGGGCAAAGCAGCGUACGGAUGGAUGAUGAUGAAAGACGAGAACAUUCCUGGGACCGUCGUUCGGAGCAGCACCAUCCCUGAGGAGCUGGGGCGCCUGGCAUACUUACUGACAGACAAAACAGGAACCCUCACCCAGAAUGAGAUGGUGUUUAAGCGGCUGCACCUGGGCACGGUGUCCUAUGGGACAGACACAAUGGACGAGAUCCAGAGCCACAUUGCCAGCUCCUACUGUCAGGCGCAUCCUCCAGCUGCUGGGAGCAGUGCUGGCCCAGCCCCCCUGAGAAGAGCGCAGUCUUCCGCCCCCAAGAUUAGAAAGAGCGUCAGCAGUCGGAUCCACGAGGCGGUGAAGGCCCUGGCUCUGUGCCACAAUGUGACCCCUGUGUAUGAGUCCCGGGCUGGAGUCACCGGGGAGACAGAGUCUGCCGAAGCUGACCAAGACUUCAGCGACGAGAACCGCACCUACCAGGCGUCCAGCCCUGAUGAGGUUGCACUGGUGCAGUGGACAGAGAGCGUCGGGCUCACUCUGGUCAGCAGAGACCUCACCUCCAUGCAGCUGAGGACGCCGAGCGGCCAGGUCCUGGCCUUCUGCAUCCUGCACAUGUUCCCCUUCACCUCCGAGAGCAAGCGUAUGGGCAUCAUCGUCCGGGAUGAGGCCACCGCAGAGGUCACCUUCUAUAUGAAAGGUGCGGAUGCCGCCAUGACCGCCAUCGUCCAGUACAACGACUGGCUGGAAGAGGAGUGUGGGAACAUGGCGCGUGAAGGGCUGCGCACCCUCGUGGUGGCCAGGAGGGUGCUGACAGAGGAGCAGUACCAGGACUUUGAGAGCAGAUACACUCAGGCCAAGCUGAGUGUCCAUGACAGGGCACUGAAGGUGGCUGCAGUGGUGGAGAGCCUGGAGCGAGAGAUGGAGCUGCUGUGCCUGACAGGCGUGGAGGACCAGCUGCAAGCUGAUGUGCGGCCCACCCUGGAGAUGCUGCGGAAUGCGGGCAUCAAGAUAUGGAUGCUAACGGGCGAUAAACUCGAAACAGCGACCUGCAUUGCCAAAAGUUCACAUUUGGUGUCUAGAACACAAGACAUCCAUGUUUUCAGACCGGUGGCCAGUCGGGGAGAGGCCCAUCUGGAGCUGAAUGCAUUCAGGAGGAAGCAUGACUGUGCACUGGUCAUUUCCGGGGAUUCGCUGGAGGUGUGUCUCAGGUAUUACCAGCACGAGUUCGUGGAGCUGGCUUGCCAGUGCCCUGCCGUGGUGUGCUGCCGCUGCUCGCCCACGCAGAAGGCCCACGUCGUGAAGCUGCUGCAGCAGCACACAGGGAAGCGCACGUGUGCCGUCGGUGACGGAGGGAAUGAUGUGAGCAUGAUCCAGGCAGCUGACUGCGGCAUCGGGAUUGAAGGCAAGGAAGGGAGGCAGGCCUCACUGGCCGCAGACUUCUCCAUUACCCAGUUCCGGCACAUCGGCAGGCUGCUCGUGGUGCAUGGCCGGAACAGCUACAAGCGCUCAGCUGCCCUCGGCCAGUUUGUCAUGCACCGUGGCCUCAUCAUCUCCACCAUGCAGGCUGUGUUUUCUUCCGUCUUCUACUUCGCGUCCGUUCCCUUGUACCAGGGCUUCCUCAUGGUGGGGUACGCCACCAUCUAUACCAUGUUCCCCGUAUUCUCCUUGGUGCUGGACCAGGACGUAAAGCCGGAGAUGGCCAUGCUGUACCCGGAACUCUACAAGGACCUAACCAAGGGAAGAGCCCUGUCCUUUAAGACCUUCCUCGUCUGGGUUCUGAUCAGUAUUUACCAAGGUGGCAUCCUCAUGUACGGGGCCCUCGUGCUCUUCGAGUCCGAGUUCGUGCACGUGGUGGCCAUCUCCUUCACGGCACUCAUCCUCACAGAGCUGCUGAUGGUGGCCCUGACUGUCCGCACGUGGCACUGGCUCAUGGUCGUGGCCGAGCUCCUCAGCCUGGGCUGCUACGUGGCCUCGCUGGCCUUUCUCAACGAGUACUUUGACCUCGCCUUUAUCAGCACAGCCACCUUCCUGUGGAAAGUGUCGGCCAUCACAGUGGUCAGCUGCCUGCCCCUCUAUGUCCUGAAGUACCUCAGGCGCAAGCUGUCUCCGCCGCGCUACUCCAAGCUCACCUCCUGAGGGUGCUGCCUUGCGGCAGAGUGGAGAGCUGGGCCUGCCUGGAGGCUUCCCUGCCGGGCAGGACAGAGCAGGGCAGGACAGGCCUGGUCCCUACAGCAGCUCCUCCUUUCUCCUGCCCUGGCAGCUGUGGAGAGGCCGCUGGGAUCCCACUCCCACCACAGAGGACUUCUCUGGCUCCUGGGAGUCCACAUGUGGUCCCUGAUGGGCUCUGCUUGGAUGUUCAGUGCAGGAACUCACACCUCCCGACACUAAUAAAGAGACACCAUGC